UAUCAAGAUGUAAGGAGGCGGGGCCGCGGUCGCGCGAAAUUCCCGGGGGUUGGGACGCACGUCCUAUCGUCCGACUUCUCCCUGUCCUUUCGUGCCAUCGCAUACCUCUCCGCUCUAAAACCCUCUGGCUCCGCUCUGCCUCUCCUCUCGUCGACGAGGCCGCGGCGCCACAACGCCCGUUUUGCUCCGAGCGCCUCGCCUCGCGGCAGCAUUGCUCCUGGGCUUCGCUUCUUGUUCGAGGAAUUUCGGCUUGUUGAUUGCGGAGGAGAGCCAUGGCGGAGGAAGAGGAUGAUGAUAUGUCCGAGAUGACAGGAACCGAUGAGGGAACGGAGUCAGGGACGGAAGGGGAGGACAGCGAGGGCGGAUCGUCGAAAACGGCAGAAGUCCGUAUUCCACCCCCGACCGAAUUGCACAAUUCGGCUCUGUUUAUGGCCAAAUACCUCGACCAAAAACUCGAUAAAUUAUUCGCUGCGACGGAGAAGAUCAAUGUGGACAUUGUUGAGAUGGAAAAACGAAUUAUGGCCGACAUCUCUACCAAGAUGCAAGCCAAUCAUGAAGCCCUGACAGUGAGGAUAACUGCGUUGGAGAAUCUCACUCUUGAGCACGGCGUGAAGCUUCAGCAGCAAGAGAGUAAAGGAGCGCAACAAGCGCACCAGCUUGAUGAUUUGCAGAACCAAGUGGGGGUUAUUACCUUUAGAUUGCACUGAUUCAUAGUGCAUGCCUUUUCUUUCCUUUUCUUUUUUAACCCUUUCAUCCAGUCGGAAAAUCAUCUUCGCUUUCCCAAUUCGCAGUCCGGCUUUCUGUGAAUGUCCUUAGGAGUCACACCCUGCAAGCGUGCUUGAUGCGUCGAGCGACACUCCUCGCGUUCUUAUCAGAAUCAGAUUCUUGUUGGAAAGACACGAGCUGUCUAUUCUGCCCAGAAAAUAUCUCCUUGCAUAUCCACAUUUCAGCCCGAUAACGGAGUGGAUUUUUUCUUCCCAUUCCUGGACAAGUCGACGUUUGAUCCCAGUGACAGGAUUGAAUUUCUCUUCAUCGGACUUUGGAACGCAUUCGUUCAUCAAAUGCGUUCCAAAAUCAAAUCCAGCGAUGGGUUUCUUCUAACUCGUUCUCUUCCAUACUCCAUAAUCCAGCCCAGCCACACAAGGCUGGAGGGGCAGGAGGGAGCAGUGAAAGGAACGGAAACUCCAGGAGGUACUGACUCUGAGGCUAGCGCUGGAACUGGAGAAGGGACGGAAUCGGAGGCUGGCACUGAAUCUGAGGCUGGCACCGAAUCUGAGGCCACCGAGGGAGAGAGCACGGAGGGAGAGGAAACAGAAGGAGAGGAGGAAGAAGUAGCAUAACAACUGUAAGAAGUUCUUAAGUAGCAGACCACUACUAUAACAUACUUUUAGCUUGAUCUCUUUUUCAAGAGCUCCAGGUCGAGUGAGUUUUAAUAUUCACUUGUUAGUGCGAGUUCUCAUAUUGAGAGCUCCUUCGUCUUUCUGAAAAAAACCUGUCCAGGCAAGCAUCACUCACUCUUGCGGGUGGUUUUUGGACAUUGUGUCCUGUACUUGAUACAGGAAUCCAUGUUCUGUUAAGAAGAGGAUCCCGGUGAAUUGAAAUUAUUUGAAACUAAUUCUUGCUCUUAACCCUGCA